CCCGAAUAACAAAUCAAACCAACCCCAUUGGAACACCAAAAUCCCUCGCACGCAUUCCGAUUUGAAAUCCCCCGGGGGACUAGCGUCACGUCGCGUCGCCGCCGCGUCUGAUCGCCGUCGCCGGGGAUGGAGGCGCCGCGGGAGUGCAUGCCGGCGCUCCUCGACGCCGGCCUCUUCGGCUCCGCCCAAACGCUGGGGUGUUUCCUUGUGUCGUCGGCGGGUCCGAGCAACGAGGCUGGCAUGUCCAUGAAGGUGGAAAGCCUGGUUCUGCAUGGUGAUGCUUUGUAUGGAGAGAAAGAGUUUCGCAGGGCACUGAGUGCGUACAAGCAAGCUAUGCAAUAUAACAGAAGCAUCCCUAGGCAAGCAACAAGUAACACAAGAAGUUCAGUAUCCACCACAGGACGGUCACCUUCUCCAAAUUCUUUGAAUCUUCUGCCAUUUAAUGAAAAUGAGGUGAAAUUUAAGAUUGCUCUUUGCCAUUCUGCGCUAUGUGAGCACCGUGAAGCACUUCAAGAGAUGGAAGGGAUUCCUUCUAAAGUGAGAAUGCUGAAAAUGAAUCUGAUGUUAGGGAAGCUUUAUCGAAUAUUGAGAAAUAACCGUUCAGCUGCUGUAUGUUAUAAAGAGUGCUUGAGGCAAUGUCCUUAUGUUUUCGAAGCUGUCACAGCUUUGGCGGAAAUGGGGCUUCCUUCAAAGGAGUUUUCUUUGUUAUUUUCACAAGCACCAAACAGAGGAGGCAAGCCGCCAGGUGACCCUGCAGAUGCACAACGUUGGUGGAAUCGGUAUGUUGAGGCGCAGUGUUCCAUUGCUUCACAUGAUUAUAAAGGUGGUCUUGACAUAUAUCUAGAACUAAUGCAACGAUUCCCCAGCAAUGUGCAUAUCUUGCUGGAAAUUGCAAAGGUUGAAGCCAUCAUAGGCAGGAAUGAUGAAGCAAUCAUGAACUUUGAGAAGGCUCGGUUAAUUGAUCCAAACAUCAUGACAUAUAUGGAUGAAUAUGCAAUUCUUCUAAAAUCAAAAUCUGACUACAAUAAACUAAACAAGUUGGUACAUGAUAUGCUGCAUAUUGACCCUGCAAGACCAGAAACAUGUGCUGCUCUUGCAGCAAUGUGGGAAAGAAAAGAUGAAAGAAAAGCUUUGACAUAUGCUGAAAAGAGCCUUCGAGUUGAUGAUAGGCAUAUAACCGGCUAUAUUAUGAAGGGCAAUCUGCAUCUUUCAUUGAAUCGACCAGAUUUGGCAGUGACAGACUUCAGGGGAGCUCAAGAAUUGAGGGCUGAUCUCCGUUCUUAUCAAGGUUUGGUGCAUGCUUACCUAGCACUUUCUAAAUGCAAAGAUGCAUUAUUCACUGCACGGGAGGCAAUGAAGGUUAUGCAUCAGUCUGCAAAAGCUCUUAAGCUAGUUGGUGAUGUUCAUGCUAUCAGUUCCAGUGGGAGAGAGAAGGCAAGAAAGUUCUAUGAAUCUGCCAUUCGUCUUGAACCUGGAUUUCUCGGAGCUGCACUGGCCCUAGCUGAUCUGCAUGUUGCUGAGGGACGGAAUAAGGAGGCUGUUUUGCUACUUGAAAGAUAUCUACGACAAUGGGCAGAUGAUUCUCUACACAUCAAAUUGGCUCAAGUAUUUGCGGACACAAAUAUGCUUUCUGAUGCCCUUUCCCAUUAUCAAUCUGCACUAAGAGCUGGUGCAGUACAUAAGUUGUCAAGGUUUAGUUUGUUAAUAUAUAGCGGUAAGUCUGACUAUACAUUAAGAUUUCAGUGCUAGUUCCUGGAGUUAGGUUUAUAUGCCAUCUACAAAAUGUAACUAACUAAAUGGUGGGAAGGCUUUGUGCUAACUCUUGUUUUUCCCCCCUUCAUUUUUUAUUGGAAACUCGACUCUUGAUGUUAUAACCAUGAUUAUUCUCCCCCAACAAUUGGCUGAUACCUGUAACAGGUUAAAGUGGCCAGGGUUGGAUUGGGUUAACUGACUGAGUAUUUUCAGAUAUUGUCUGGAACAUUUUUUUUAUUAUUCUGCCGCUUUUGGGAGAAUGACCUAUUUUGGAUCACUUAUUGUAACUACAUAUGGUGAUGACUCAGAUGUUUUUUGCCCUGUAGAUACUAGGCCAUGCCUAAUAGUUGAGACAAUUCCCUUCCAUCUUAACCCUACAAGGCCAAAACCCCAUGUCUGCAACUUAAAAGCUACCCAAAAAGCAUCUCUGAGCUGUCUAAUUUAUGUAUAUCAGUAUAUGUGUGCAGUAGCUACUUUCUAUGUUCCAAUAGGCUCAUUUCGAGUGUAUAUUAAUCGAUCUUUGAGAUACAAAAUCGACUGGUUUGGUAUUGUCACUAGGUUUGGUAUUGUCACUGCUGGUGACCUUCAGGCAGCUCUACCUGCAGUUACUGAUUGACUGGUGGGAACUGGUCGAUUGUGGUUUCUAACUGUUGCUUAAUACUCCACCAUGUGCCAAUUACUUCUCUCUUUUUUUUUAAAAAAAAAACUCGACCGACCUAAGAACUAGGUGUCAUUAUAAAUAAGAAGAAAUAGACAUCCAAAUUCGUGUCGAAGAGGACUCGAACCUAGGUGGUCUAGACGUGCAUCCAUACCCUCAACCAACUGAGCUAAGCUCGGUUCCUUUCCUUCUCUCUUUUAGUACUAUGUUCUAGCUCAAGUAAAGGAAAUCAUCU